AUGAGCAUCCAGAUGACACCAGCUCUCCUGAAGCUGGCAGCAAAGUGCCUGCUGAGGGACCAGGCCUUGGCCAUUGCAGCUCUGGAGUCCCUGCCCGCCGAGCUCUUUCCGGACCUGUUCGUCCUGGCCUACCGUAGUGGACACCACUGCCAGCUCCUGAAGGCGAUGGCCCAAGCCUGGCCCUUCCCUGUCCUCCCCCUGGGGGUCCUGAUGCAGCAUCCCCCUGAUCAUGCCGCAACCAGGGCCAUGGCCUUAAAAGCCGUGUUUGAUGCGCUUGACGUUCUGCUUACCCAGGAGGUUCGGACCAGGAGGUGCAAACUGCGGGUGCUGGAUUUAAGGAACACGGGUGCCAACUUCUGGCAUAUGUGGCUUGGAGACAACGCCUGGGAUUGCUCACCGACAGGACCAGUGACUGUGCACAGCUCCAGCCCCAACAUGGAGCAUCCCCAGGCUCCCUUGGAGGUGUUCCUAGACCUUAACUUCAAUGAAAGGGACCUGGAUAAGUUUUUCAUGCACAUCAUCCAAUGGGCCCAGCAGAGGGAAGGGUUGCUACACCUGUGCUGCAAGGCGCUGUGGAUUUCUGCGGUGCCCUUCCAGAGGGUCAGGGGGAUCCUGGAUAGGAUGAAGCUGGACUGCAUCCAGGAGGUGGAAGUGAACUGCACCUGGGACCUGCCCACCCUGGGGACAUUUGCUCUCUACCUGGGUCAGAUGAGUAACCUGCAGAGACUCUCUCUCCCCUACAUCAAUGUGUUGUCUGAGGAGAAUGAGGACGAAGAGUGCCUGCAGACUCCCUUGGACAAACUCUCCAUAAUAUAUAGCCAGCAGCUGACGCAUUCAGACCUGACACACCUGUUCCAGUGCCCGAACCUCAGGCAGCUGAAGAGCCUGGAUCUAUUUGGCCUCAGCCUUAUGGAUUUCAGUCCCGAGCCCCUCCGAGCUCUGCUGGAGGCAGUGGCACCCACCCUCCGGGACCUGGGUCUGGAUAAAUGUGGGAUGGGGGACUCCCAAGUCGAGGCCAUCCUGCCUGCCCUGAGCCGCUGCCACCAGCUCAGGUUCUUCACCAUCUCUAAGAACAACUUCUCCGUGGCCACCGUGGAGAAGCUGCUGCGCCACACAACCGGGCUGCGCAGUUUAGAGCUCGAGCUGUACCCCGUCCCCCUGGAGUGUUACAGGACCCAAGAGACUGUGGACCAGGAGACAGUUGCCCUGAUCCAGGCUGAGCUCAUGGGAAUACUGAGGGAGUUAGGGCGACCCAGGACCAUCCAUCUUGGCACCAAGCACUGUAGAGAUAUAGAGUUUUAUCACGUGGCAUUUUCAUGA